CAUAUUCUCUCUUUUAUUUCCUUUAGCUUUGAAUACAUUUUUGCUGCACACACAUAUAGUAUGCCGCAAGACUAUUCAUCGACUAAACAUCAAAACGAUGGAGAUUUGGAACAAAGUCAAGAAGGGCCGUCAUCAUCAUCUUCAUCGUCUCCACCCCAAAGGCCCAACAAAAACGUGCCACCGUUUCUUGAGCCAGCAAUGAAAUGGAUACUUGAAGCUGUCGGAUCAUCGAAAGGCGAGUAUGCACCGCUAAUUAACCGUGGAAAAGGAACCUUGGAGCUUCCACGAAAAACCCGGCGCAAGGUCAUCGUUACAGUUGCCGCUAUUGUUGGGACUCUUUUUAUCAUUGGAGGUCUCAUAGCAUAUACUAUCAUGCACAGUGGCGGUGAAAAGAAGCACAGAGCACCGAGGUUUACCGAUCCUGAAAAGGUUAUCAUUGAUGUACCAUCAAGCAUUUCAGUACGCGAGUUCCUCCGCACCUACACUUCUGAAGCCCAUCUUGCCGGCUCGGAAGCAGACAAACGCCAAGCUGAAUGGACGAGAGACAAGUUUAUUGAAUUUGGCAUUAGCGACACAAAGAUUGAAACCUACUAUCCAUUGCUUAACUAUCCGAUUGAUCGACAGUUGGCCAUUGUAUCCGGUCCUGAAGAGCUGCGCUACAAGGCUUCACUUAAAGAAGACGUGGUUGAGGAAGACAAGACCAGUUUUGAUCCCGAUGCAGUACCAACGUUUCAUGGCUAUUCCAAAAACGGAACCGCGCUAGGGCCCGUAGUUUAUGCCAAUUAUGGUCGUGUGGAGGAUUUCCAGUUCCUCGUUGACAGAGGCGUCAAUCUUAAAGGAACAAUCGCUUUGAUGCGUUAUGGAGGUGCUUUCCGUGGCUUGAAAGUACGGGCAGCAGAACAAUUUGGAUGUAUCGGUGCUUUGAUUUACUCGGACCCGAUAGACGAUGGACCGGUUGGCAAGGAGAAUCAUAACAAUCCAGCUUUAUCUUAUCCAGGAGGACCAUGGCGGUCACCUUCUUCUGUACAGCGAGGAUCCGUUCAAUAUGCAUCUCUACUCACGGGGGAUCCAUUAACACCGGGUUGGGCUGCAACCGAACAUGCUGAGAGACUCAACCGCGACGACUCCCCAGGUUUACCCCAGAUUCCUUCACUACCGUUAUCGUAUCAAGAUGCUUUGCCACUGUUGCGUGCAACUCAAAACCAUGGCGUUUGUGAAGGCGAAGAUUGGGCUGGAGGUCUGGAUCAAAUUGAAUACUGCAGUGGACCCAGCGAGGGAAAUGUUUACUUGGCAAACAUUGUCGACGAUCACACUGCACCUAUUUGGAAUGUCGUUGGCCGAAUAGAGGGAGCUGAGGAACCGGAGCACGCGGUAAUUCUUGGAAACCAUCGUGACGCAUGGGUGUACGGCGCUGUGGAUCCAUCGUCUGGCUCAGCCGCUAUGCUUGAAUUAGUCCGCACCUUGGGUGCCCUCCUGAAGAAAGGAUGGAAGCCGCGCCGAACCAUUAUCAUCGUUUCUUUUGAUGCAGAGGAGUACGGAAUGGUUGGAUCCACCGAGUGGGUAGAAGAUCAUCGUGAUUGGCUCAACGAACAUGCGUCUGUGUAUGUAAACGUUGAUAUGGGUGUCAGCGGUCCCAACUUCAUGGCUAAAGCUUGCCCGUCCCUCAGGCAAGUACUGUACGACGUGACAAGCCAAGUUGAGGAUCCACGAUCCAACGGUGGCAGUGUCUAUGAGGCUUGGAGACAAUUGACAAAUGCAGAUACGCCUGCUGUGGGACAGCUUGGGUCGGGAUCUGAUUUCGUUGCGUUCAUCAGCCAUGUUGGCAUCAGCAGCGUCGACUUUCGGUUUGAAGGCGACUAUGGUGUUUAUCACAGCAAUUAUGACAGUUUCCAUUGGAUGGAAAAGUUUGGUGAUCCAACGUUCAAGUAUCACGAAACGCUUGUCAAGAUCUGGGGCCUUUUAACUCUGCGUCUGUCGGAUGAUCCGGUUCUACCUCUGUACCCUGGCGACUACUCUGCAGAGAUCAAAGAGUACGCCGAGAAACUGCCAAUCUAUGAAACAUUCGGUGGUCCUUACAAGCCGUUCCUCAAGUCGCUCAAGAAGCUUACCAAAGCAACACGCCGAUUCGAACGACGACGAGGCCGCCUUGUAGAACGUUUGGAGGAAGAAUUCAGUAACUCCACCGAUUCAGACCUUCCCAGUGUCCUUUCCAAACGUAUGCGAGUUGCCAACGAACGUCUCACGCAUUUCGAGCGAGGGUUUAUUGAUCCUGAAGGAUUGAAGGGUCGCCCUUGGUUUAAGCAUAUUCUCUAUGCCCCGCAUAUACUGACCGGGUAUCAGUCGCAAGUGUUCCCGGCUCUCUCAGAGGCCUUGGAGUCCGGAGAUACCGAAGAAAUCGGACAAGCUAUCCAACAGACCGCUGGCCGCAUCCGAGCAGCCAUCGAGCUCCUGAAGGCAGACUUUGAUGACGAUGAAGAUGACGACGACGACGACGAUGAUGAUGGUGAUGAUGAUGACUAGUUGUGCGAAUGACGUUUUUUAUUUUCUUUCAAACUGCAUAAUACAAU